AUAUAUACUUUGGGAGAGUGGAGAGAUAGUGUGGAGUAGUGGAGAGAUAGUGGAGAGAUACUGUGGGAGAGUGGAGAGAAAGUGUGGGAGUAUGGAGAGAUAGUGUGGGAGAGUGGAAAGAUAGUGUGGGUGAGUGGAGAGAUAGUGUGACAGAGUUGAGAGAUAGUGGAGAGAUACUGUGGGAGAGUGAAGAGAUAGUGUGGGAGUGUGGAGAGAUGGUGUGGGAGAGUGGAGAGAUAGUGAGGGAGAGUGGAUAGAUAGUGUGACAGAGUGGAGAGAUAGUUGUGAGCUAGUGUGGGAGAGUGGAGAGAUAGUGUGGGAGCGUGGAGAGAUAGAGUGUGAGAGUUGAGAGAUAGUGUGGGACAGUGGAGGGAUGGUGUGGGAUAGUGGAAAGAUACUGUGGGAGAGUGGAGAGAUAGUGUGGAUAAGUGGAGUGAUAGUGUGGGAGAGUGGAUAUAUAGUUUGGGAGAGUGGAGAGAUAGUGUGGGAGAGUGGAGAUAUAGUGUGGGAGAGUGUAGAGAUAGUGUGGGAGAGUGGAUAUAUCAUUUGGGAGAGUGGAGAGAUAGUGUGGGAGAGUGGAGAGAUAGUGUGGGAGAGUGGAGAGAUAGUGUGGAAGAGUGGAGAGAUAGUGUGGGAGAGUGGAGAGAUAGCGUGGCAGAGAGGAGAGAUGGUGUGGCAGAGUGGAAAGAUGGUGUGGGAGAGUGCAGAGAUAGUGUGAAAGUGGAGAGAUUGUGUGUGAGAGUGGAGAGAUAGUGUGGCAGUGUGGAAAGAUAGUAGGGGAGAGUGGAGAGCUCGUGGAGAGAUAGUGUGGGAGAGUGGAGAGAUAGUGUGUAAGUGUGGAGACAUUG